AUGAGCCAAGCGAGCCUCAUGGCACUCUCGCAGUUCUUUGUGCUGUCGCCUCGGGACAGAGGAGACGUGACGAAGGAGACACCGGAGAUCUUCUUCCGUCAUAUCCGCCAAACCAACGGCUCCCUCCCCGUCUUUGCGGUGGAUGGGCUGCACUAUGCGAGUUUGAAGCAGAGCGGGCUCUACUAUGUGUUCACCACGCGACACAACGUCUCGCCAUCGUUUGCGCUGGAGCUGCUGGUGCGGCUGGCAGGCCUCUUCAAGGACUACUGCGGGGUGCUCAACGAAGAGUCCAUCCGCAAGAACUUCGUCCUCAUCUACGAGCUUCUCGAUGAAGUUCUGGACUAUGGCUACGUGCAAGGGACGUCAACAGAGCAGCUGAAGGCCUUCGUCUUCAACGAGCCCAUCCUGGUGGAGGACAUGCUCGCGGCGGACGAGAAGGAGGGUGUCCUUUCCCGGGUGGGGUUCGCCAGGCACAACGGAACUCAGUCGGCCUCGGCAACCAACAAGCCCAUCGCCCUCAACACGGCCGACGAGCGCAAGGGCCGCAGCGAAAUAUACGUUGACCUCAUCGAACGACUCACCGUCACCAUCAACGCCAAGGGCGAGGUGGUCCAGUCAGAGAUUCAGGGCUACAUCCGGAUGACGAGCUUCCUCCAGGGUAACCCGGAGAUGAGGCUCGGCUUGAACGAGGACCUGGUGAUCGGCCGAGGAAACGGAUAUGGAGGGAUGACGGUGGACGACAUGACGUUCCACGAGUGUGUGCGCAUGCUCGAGUGGGAACGGGAUCGAGCGCUUCUCUUCUACCCGCCCGACGGAGAGUUCACCGUGCUCAACUACCGCAUCUCCGACGACUUCAGAAUUCCAUUCAACAUCUCCCCGUUUGUGGAGCAGAUGGCACCCGACCGUUUGGACCUCAUCAUCAAGUUGCGACUCGACAUACCCGAGGAUAGCAAUGCUGCCAACGUACUCAUCCGAUGCCCCGUUCCCAAGGCCAUCGCGAGCGCCAAGUGCGAGCUGGCCAUUGCGGGCGUGGAAUACCGGGUGGUGGACAACGUCGUCGAAUGGACGGUCAAUGAAUUCGGCGGCGGAUCCGAGCUCUUCCUCCGCAGCCGGAUCACGCUGAACGAGCCCUACACCGAGACGAUGCGAAAAGAGUUUGGACCCAUCAGUCUGGAGUUUGAGCUGCCCAUGUACAACUGCUCCAACAUGAAGAUCCGUCACCUGCGAGUCAAGGAGAGGGACGCCUCCUACGAUCCCUACCGCUGGGUGCGCAACAUCACCCACGCCAACUCCUACAUCUGCCGUGUGUGA